AUGGCAAUGGCAAAUAACAAAACAUUAUGUUUUACAUGCAAUAAAGAAAAAAUAACAUAUCUUUGUGAUGGAUGUUCAAAAAAGUUUUGUUUAAUUCAUUUAACAGAACAUCAAGAAAAAUUAAAUGAAGAAUUAAAAUGUCUUAUUAAUGAUUGUGAUGAAUUUAAAGACAGAUUGAAUAAACCAAAACAAAAUCGACAAUAUCUACAAAAUCAGAUAUUAAUAAAACAAAUUAAUGAAUGGGAAAAAAAUUCAAUUGAAAAGGUUCAACAAAAAGCAGAAGAUUGUAGAAAAAUUGUUAAUGAAUCUUCAGAAAUAUUCUUAAUUAAUAUUGAAAUGAAACUUAUUGAUUUAACGGAACAAAUAAAACAAAUUCAAAAAGAAAAUGAAUUUAAUGAAAUUAAUUUAAAUUAUUUGAAAGAUCAAUUAAUAGAAAUUAAACAAAAAUUAAAUAAACCAAAAUUGAAUAAAUGGAGACAAAAUGCCGUCACUGUGGCUGGUGGAAUUGGACUAGGACAAAAACUAAAUCAGCUUAAUUUCCCUGCUGGAAUCUUUAUUGAUAAAAACAAAAAUAUUUUCAUCGCUGAUUUCUAUAAUCAUCGUAUUGUUCAAUGGAAAUAUAAUGCAACGGUGGGACAAAUCGUUGCUGGUGGAAACGGGGAAGGAAUUCUAGUGAAUCAAUUGAAUCAUCCAGCAGAUGUAAUUGUUGAUCCACUAAAUUAUUCAAUCAUCAUUGCUGAUUAUGGAAAUAGACGAGUGAUUCAAUGGUUCAAUCAAAAGCAACAAAUUCUCAUUACGGAAAUUGACUGUGCUCGCUUAACAAUGGAUAAACAUAGAUUUUUAUAUGUUUCUGAUUAUAAGAAACAUGAAGUAAAACGAUGGAAAAUGGGAGAAUAUGACAAUGAAGGGAUCGUAGUGGCAGGCAGAAAUGGAGAAGGAAAUCAACUUAAUCAACUCAAUAGUCCAGGCUUUAUGUUUGUUGAUGAAGAUCAAUCUGUUUAUGUAUCAGAUACUGGGAAUCAUCGUGUGAUGAAAUGGAAAAAAGAGGCAAAAGAAGGAACAAUUGUGGCUGGAGGAAAUGGUUUUGGAGAAAAUCUCAAUCAAUUGUCUUCACCUAAAGGAAUCAUUGUUGAUUAUUUGGGUGAUAUAUAUGUGGUAGAUUGUUGGAAUCAUCGAGUAAUGCGUUGGUGUGAAGGAAAAGAAGAAGGUGAAAUUAUUGUUGGUGGAAAUGGUAAAGGAAGUCAAUCAAACCAACUGAAUUAUCCGAUAGGUUUAUCUAUUGAUGAUGAAGGAAAUCUUUAUGUUGCUGAUUAUUAUAAUCAUCUAAUUGCAAAAUUUGAAAUAAUUUAG